AUAUAUAGGUGAAUCAAGCCGGUUUAUUCCUAGACCGGUUCACUAUAAAAGCUAGAUGAUAACAUUUUCCAGCGGCCCUUUCUCAAGUGUACUUCUUCCGACGAAAGCACGAGCUCUCGUUACAGAAUCCCAUACAGUGAUAAGAGCAGCGCAAUUAGACAGUCAUUGAUAAGAAUUGCUCUCGAACCCAAACAAAAAAAGCGAUUCAAUAUUUGAGAGAGAUAAAAAACCUAACACCACUUUCGGGAGCGAUGAGCCAAACAAUGACAUUGACUUUGCUGCUCAUUGGCCUUCUGGCAGUAGGACAGAUCGGAGCUGACGAAGCCGUAGCUGAACAAACGACAUCAACGAGGGAGCCCAAAAUGGCAGAUAUCUUGAAGGUCUUCACCGACAACGAAGUUAUUCCGGAUGUAAUCGACCAAGCCCCCACUGAACUAGCUAAGAUCAGCUAUCCGAGUGGCGCAUCCGUCAAUGGUGGAAACGAACUGACACCCACCAUGGUAAAGGAUCAACCCACCAUCGAGUGGACGGCGGAUGAGAGCUCAUACUACACCCUGUUCAUGGUAGAUCCGGAUGCACCGAACCGCAAAGAACCGAAGUUCCGGUCCGUGUGUCACUGGUUUGUGGGUAACAUUCCGGGAUCCAACAUUGCCGGCGGAGACCAUCGCAUUGCUUUCGUCGGAUCGGGACCACCCCAGGGAAGCGGCCUGCAUCGGUACAUUUUCCUGAUCUACAAACAACAGAAUGGCAAGAUCGAUCUGUCCGAUGCCCCGAAAACGUCCAACCGAAGCCGGAACAAUCGGCUUAAUUUCCAGCACCGAGAUUUCGUCACUAAGUAUGGAUUAGGGGAGCUGGUGGCAGGAAACUUCUACCAGGCCCAAUUCGAUGACUAUGUGCCAACGUUGCAUGCUCAACUUUCUUCUGGGACGGAAUGAACAGUUUUUAAAAUAAAUAAAGAUUAUACAUAUCA